AUGGCAUUGUAUAAGCUGCCGAAAACGGGGCUCGUUUUGCUGAGAAGUGAGUUUUUCGAAUCCAAAAAACGAUAGCUACCGUAAAAAUUUCAAAUGACACCUUUUCCGGACAUUUUUCAGUGGAACGAACUGAAUUAUAAUCCUGAAAAAGCUGGCGUAAAAUCAAAUUCGAAAAAAAUUCGAAAGCUCGUCGCGUAAAUCGACAGGACGUUUUUGGUGCAUACACUCCGACGUAAAUUUUCACAACGUGAACUUUUUUCAAGCCUUCAAAUUUUUUUUUCUUUUCGAAUAAUAUUAUAUUAUUCCUUAUAAAAAGGAACAAUUUUUUUCAUUAUUUUGAAUAUGAAAACGACAAGAGAACAAAAGAUCAAUGUAACCAUUGAAAAUGCAAGAAUAACUUGAAAAAAUGUGAAUUUUUUUGAUGCGCAUGAUUGUUUUCCUUCAAUUUUCGUGCUUGUCACUAUUGUUCUUCUCAUGAAAUACGAUUUUUUUUUUUCUGAUUUUUUAAUUUUAGACGUCGAAGAAAGCGAAUUUGACUUGGGACCGAUCGUUUUUGGGGCUUUAUCCGAUGUGCGCUUCGCCGUUUUACAUCUUGCCGGUGGCGACGCUUUCCUCAAGGAUUUUUACCGGGAGAAUGUUGCGAAGUAAUUUAUUUUUAGUCUUUUUGGUGAUAAAAAUGCAUAGAAAUUCCUAAAAAAAAAAUCUGAAUUUUAGUGCCACAUUCCUAUCAUUCGACGAGAAUAAUCCGGUCGACGGGAGCUGUUCGGAUUUUGAAACGGAUCGAUACAUCGUUUUUCCUGACCUCGACUUGUAUUUCAGGAUUUUCGGCAUUCCUGUCACUGCGCAGCUUCUUAAUAUUUUGAUGAGUUGGUGUUGAAAAUUUUUUAUUGACUAAUUAUUUUUGAUAUGAUAGUCAUAAUGUGUCACGGCGUUUCUGUUAGUGGAAAAAAAAUGCAAACCCAAAAAUGAAGGUUCCCAUGUGACGUCAUGGAAAAUCGCGUAAACAACAGGAAAUAUUAAAGGCGCAUGUUCAAUGGGUCAUGAGACGAAUCGAUUUCUAAUUCAAACAAACUCAAUUUUUCUUUUGCCGUUUUCAAAGUGGUUCCGAAAAAUUCAAAAUAGCCACCAGAGAGUGAAAAAUAAAUGAAUUAAAAAAUUUAGAAAUGAUUUUGAAUUUCGUCAAAGUAGUUUUGAACAGAAUGUGUGAGAAAUAAAACAUUUUUCAUUAAAAAAAGGAACGGUAUGUGCGAGAGCGUCGCGGUGCUUGCACACGACACACUGAACUUUACGGAAAAAAAUUGGGCGGCUUUAAAAAAACGCCGUGCGUGUAACUGCAAUCUUAUAAAAUAUUCUGAGAAAAGUUUCACAGCCGAAAAAAAAUCUUUCGAACUUUUUGUUCCAGAAAAGUUCUGCGUUGUCGCCUUGUGUUCACAAGUCACGGUUCCUCCUGACGUCUACAAGAAGUUCGCCUCGUUUGCUGACGUCAUAUUCCUUCUGACGUCAUUCAAUGAGAACAAGUUGGAGUACAGGUCAACGACGAUGACAGUUGACCCGAAAGGUCGCCUCGUUGUAACGGUACGGUUUGAUUUAUUCGAUUAGCUUAGAUUUUGCAAAAAGGCAGCAAAAAGGUAGCAAAAAGGUAGCAAAAAGGUAGCAAAAAGGUAGCAAAAAGGCAGCGAAAAGGUAGCAAAAAGGCAGCAAAAAGGUAGCAAAAAGGCAGCGAAAAGGUAGCAAAAAGGCAGCAAAAAGGCAGCAAAAAAGCAGCAAAAAAGCAGCAAAAAGAGCCCCUUUAUGGAGCCUUUCUUUCUUUUUAGAACUUUAUAGACUCAAAAAACGGUGUAGAGGCAGCAAAAAUGGUACAUAAGAGUCGAUGAAUUGGCCCAAAAAGGCAGCAAAAAAGGAACCUUUCUGGAACCUUUUUCCACCCUUUCCGACUUUGUCUAUGACUCAAAUUUGAAUUUUUUUUUUUGGGUAAAACAUUUUUGUUUAUUGUAAGAUGACUGCGUGUUCAUUGCGAUUUCAUUCAUCUGAUAUUUUUUAUUUCAGAACGAAAAAUUUACCCUUGUACCUGGAGGAAAGCCGAAGGUCGAGAAAGUCAAAGUGGAGGUUUAGACUUGCAAAAAAUCAUCUAAUUUGCUAAUUUUAGGACGAAGAAAAUGUGACAGAUGAGCCAAAAUUCGAACUGAAGAGUUUACAGACGGCUUUCGAUAUUGGCCUCGAGUUGAAGGUGAAUAUGAGGAUGAAAUGCUACCUAUUAUUAUAAUUUUCAUGUUUUUGAUGUAUUUUAAGUCCAAAAAUGCUAACUUGAAGCGUUAGGAGCAAUUUGAAAAGGCCGUUUUUCAUUUUUAAAUUGACUAGGGAACGUUUUUUACCCCCCGGUUGAACUUUUGCUGAAACUUUGCUGAAGUGUACUUUAUGACCCCCUGAUUGCAGAUCAAGAAAAAAAUUUCUCGCAAUAGAUCUUGUUUCCGAGUUAUGGAGCUUCAAAGUCCGCAAAAUACGCAAAUUAGGCCAAAAAAGCGCUAUUUCGGGCUUUUGUAGCUCCAUAACUCGAAAGCGAGAUCUAUUGCGAGAAAUUUUCUUUCUGUUCUGGAAUCAGGGGGUCCUAAAGUACACUUCAGCAAAGUUUCAGCAAAAGUUCAACUGGGGGGUAAAAAACGUUCCCUGGUGAGAAUCUGCUUAUUUUGAACUAGAAUAUGUCUAUUUUUCCAGGAUUUUUCGGGUUCAACAGUAAUUCUGAAGUUUUUACGGGCAAUUUCUUUUAACUUGAUCUUCUUUGGCCGCGUAAAAGUUCAAGACAGUCCUCUUCCUUCUCAAACCGUUUUUAAUUAUUUAAAAUCAUAUUUUGUUUUCAAGGAUACCGAAAAAGCAGCCAAAGGCUCGUUGAUGCUGCCCUACAUGACGAAUCGACAAGAAGAUGGUUGGUUUUCUUUAAUGGAGAAAAAAAAGAUUAAUUUCCAAGGGAGUUUUGUUGAGAUUCUUGCUGAAAAGGUGCUUCAAAUAUUAGUAACUCAGAAGAGUAUGAAAAUAGAGAAAAAGAUAUUUAAACAUGCAACGAGAAACUUUUUUUAAACAACUGGGUUUUUUUAUAACGAAGUAAAUGUUAAUUUUGCCUUGAAAAAUUAACUAAUCUAGGUGUUGCAAUACGUGACGCGACGCGACGGAAAAAUCCGCGCCGGCGGUCAGAUCAUCUACGAGCCGGAUGA